AUGGAAAAAUCAAGAAAUUGUUUGAGAAACCUUUUAUCCACUAAUCCCGUUACAAGAGUACUAAUGGGUAGUGAGGGGAGUUCGAAUCACUGUGAAACUGUUGUUGUAGACUACAGCUCCCCAAAUAUUGCUAAACCAUUUCACCUGGGGCAUUUCCGAGCUACUGUAACAGGAAAUUUUGUUAAAAACAUCAAUGAAGCUUUUGGAAAUAAAGUAAUUGGAAUAAAUUACAUUGGUGAUUGGGGUACUCAAUUCGAUAUCUUAGCAUCGGGAUUUUCAAAGUAUGGGGAUCAGGUUGAAUUGCGAAGAAAUCCCAUUGAACAUUUAUACAAAGUCUAUGUACAAGCGAAUCGUGAUAUUCAAUCAUCAAAUGAAAAAAAUCUACCAUAUGGAAUUGAUCAUGGUAAUCAAUCAGUUAACUUUUUCAAACCGAUACUCAAUAAUACAACUGAAAUACAAUCUCGUGAUACUGAAUUCUGGCGAUAUAUUCGUGAAGUAACUUGUGAACAGUUGCAAUCAAAUUACCAGCGUAUGAAUAUUCAAUUUACAAGUUACGAAUAUGAAUCCGAUUAUGUGGAGAAGGCUUAUUCACUUGCUAACAUGUUACUAGCCAAUGGGUUAGCUUACAAAAGUCCUGAUGGACUGACUUGUAUGUCGACAGCAAACAACAAUGAUGUGAAUUUUUCGAAUCAAAAUAUUAUCCUAUUAAAAAGUGAUAAGUCAACUUUAUAUUUAACCAGGGAUAUAGCGGCGGCAAUUUCUCGUUACGAAAAAUACCAUUUCGAUAGGAUACAUUAUGUGGUUGAAAUCGGACAGCGUUUACACUUUCAACAACUCAAUUAUGUUCUCCUAAAAAUUGGUUAUAAUUGGCCAGUUUUAUCUAUGGUCGGUGAUGAUGUUGAUGAUAAUACUGAUAAUGAUCAGUGUAGUCAAUGUGCUCGUAAUCUUUUACAUAUUCCAUUCGGUCGAAUUAUGGGAAUGAGUACUAGAAAAGGUGAAGGUUUAUUUCUAUUGGAUAUUUUAAAUAAUGCUCAACAAUUUAUGCUGAAUCGAAUGAAAUCUUCCCAAAAUACACGAAUAACUCAAAAUGAAUCAGUUAAUCCACAAUUGUUAUGUCAAAAUGAAAUAGCUGAUCAUUUAGGUGUAACAUGUUUGGUAACAACAAUGUUUGCUUAUCCACGUCAAAAACCAAUUAAUUUACAGACAUUCCUUGCUGUAAGUGAAUUAUGCGGAUUAACUCUACAAUAUUGUCAUGCAAGACUAUGCAGCCUAGAAUCUCGUUCAAUUUCCUCCGGUCUAUUCCCAUUCAAGGUUAAUAGCAGUGAUCCAACAUCAAUUGUGUUUGACAUGGAUCACCUUAUUCAUGAAUUUGAUCAAUUUAAAGAGUGGCCUUCAACAACAAUUAAUGAAAAAUCUUUUGUAAAACUGGCUGAUCAGUUGUGCAGAUUUUCUACUGUGCUCCAUACUGCUUAUUCAAAAUACGAGCCACAUUACGUACUACAAUAUGCAUUACAACUUACCUCUGAUGUAAACUCAGCUUGGAAGCAUUUACCUGUUUUGCAAUGCACAACUAAAGAAGAUCAACUAAUACGUCUGUUCAUCUUUCUAGCGUCUAGAAAUGUACUUGCUUCAUGUUUACGUUUAAUGGGAAUCAAACCGUUGAGUGCGAUAUAA